UACCAAUAAGCUGAGUGAAUUUUCAUAACAACAAUCCAAUAAAGAAAAAACUGAGUUCGAAUUUCGAAGUGUUGUUCGAUUUUUGUGAAGUUUUGGCGAAAAUAAUUUCAAUUCUUUGACCUGUCGAGUUGGUGCUGUUAUCAUCUAUCUUAUCAAUGGCGGGAAAACACCAGAAGAUCGUUUUCUGACCCUAAAAGGAAGAAAUUGAAGACAAUUUUUCAUUUUUUAGAAUUAAGACUGAUUUCAUUUGAUCUUUACAAUCAAUUAGUGGGACACGAGUGAAGAUGGACAGCUGUGUCGUUGACAAUGUGAAGGAAGAAUUUCCUGGACGAGAGUAUCAGAUAAAUUUGCUUCACAAAUUCAUAUUGGAAGAGGAUAAAUUAACAACUAUGGAUUUCCUUCUGUAUGGACCUCCCAACACUGGCAAAACAUCUGUUAUCAAGAAACUGUUGAAGUUAUUGGGUAAAUCUUAUAUUGUUGUCGAUUGCAACGAAUUCUUCCACCCUCGAUAUCUUUUUCAAGCGAUUUUAAAAGAACUACGAGGAGUUGAACCCAAAGAUCGCGAAUGUAACAAUAUUAUCAGUUUUAUGAACAAUUUUGAAAAAUUAUCAUUCAACGAAACGGGCUUUGAAUUUAUUAUUAUUAAAAAUUGCAGCUCUCUGGGUGAAUAUUUCGUUCAAGCGUUUAUUAAUCUGCAGUCAAAUUUUUCUAUAAUUUUUAUCGAUCAGCGUGUAGAAACGUAUGCGUCGACCAUAGGAAGUCAUCUCAACAAAAUUUAUUUUCCUGCUUACACCAAAGACGAACUGUCUAAGAUUAUACCUUUACUGAGAUCUCAAUAUGAUUCGGAUCUUUUCGGGAAUUUUCUGAUAUUUUUCCUGAGUUGUGUGUAUCAUCUGCAUCGAGACAUAUUUGAAAUAUUACAAUUGGUUGACGUAUUUUUUGCAAUUUAUAAAAAACCAAUCGAUGAUGGAGAGUUGAAUCCGAAUGAUCUUCAGAGUCUUUUUAAAAGAAUAGUACCGCAUUUGAAACCGAGUUCCAGUAAUUUAGUGUUCUCUUUUCCUCAAAGUAAAUAUCCUCACGAAGAUAAAUUAGAAUCGAUGCAACUUUGCGUCGAUACGGAGUUAUCAAGAACAGCCAAAUUUUUACUAAUCGCAUCAUACAUAGCGUCUUUCGUAUCGGCGAAAAACGAUAAACGAUUAUUCUGUAUCAAAUCAUCCAAACAGAAGAAAAAGAUCCAGAUUCCGAAUGGAAAUCAAACCGAAAACAAAGUUUCAUCGUUACUGGGUCCGAAGCACUUCAGUUUAAAUAGACUCCUUCCGAUAUAUUCCGCUUUAUCUGGUAGACGCGUUCGUUUCACCACUUCUGUCCUACAACAGAUUGCAUUUCUAGUCGAAAUAAAGUUGAUGAUUUUAAUCGGAGGUGAGGAUUGCAACUUGGAUAAUCCUCGUUAUAAAUGUAUCGCUGAUUUUGAUUUCGUUUCCAGUGUUGCUAAGAGUGUAGAAUGUGAAUUAGAAAGGUAUCUUGUUGGUUGAAUACCUACAUAAUUUUAUUUGGAUUCGUGAAUCUGGAAAUUUUUUCAAGAAAUAGUUGAAUUCUCGUACAAUUUUUAAAAAACCGGAAUUUAACGAAGAUUUUAUCAUGAUGCUCGUAUGAUAAUGUAAUUUACCCAUGAUUCAAGUGUCGUUCGAGGUGUUUCAUUUUGCCUUAUUUAUAAACUACGUAAUUUAUGGAGUAAACUCUUCGUGUUUUAAGAAUUUUUUCCUGUGAUCGAUAACAAUUAGUUUUUAAGUAUUUUCAAAAAAUUCAUUUUAUACUUAUUCAUUUUUCUGCUAUUAAACUUUUUUUUUAUGACGAAAUAA